AUGGCAUUUGGACUUGGUGUUCUCUGCCUGUUACUAUGGGCAGUAACAGGUUCCAGUUGUGAGCAGUGCAGAGAAGGAGCCACAUACUCAGGUGCAGUAAUAUCUCCCAACUUAGAAACCACUAAAAUUAUGCGAGUUCCUCAUGCCAUGUCUGUGUCGGACUGCAUCGCAGCGUGUUGUGACCUCUCUGGUUGUGACUUGUCCUGGAUGUUUGAACGACGCUGUUACAUUGUGAACUGCCAACACAAAGAGAACUGUGAACCCAAAAAAAUAGAAACUGUAAAAUCCUAUCUUACUUUCGUGCUGAGGCCUUCUCAGAGGCCAGCCUCACUCCUGGGAUUUGGACAAGUGAUCCCAAGCAUGGUCCACUCUGUGGGACUCCAGAAUGAGCCAUCUGAGGAAGUGAGUAGCCUGAAGGAGCUGUCUCUGCUUGGCAAAGAUCCCAGCCUUGAGGAGAUACCUGAAUACAUUGAUGACUAUAAGGAGCUGGAACAGGACCCCUUUCAGAUGGGCAUCAAACAUGAGCAGAAGGAGAGCAUGGAUUAUGCUGACUGGGGCCCGAUGGUGGCAGGUGAAAACAGCUUCAACUAUUCCACAGGUGAUGAUGGAGAUAACCAGGAAGACAUUGUUGAGAAGAAAGGAGAGUCUGGGAAGAGGGGAAGCCUUCUGAGUAAGAACAGCUCUGAAUUCCACUCUGCCACUGAACACUCUCUAGAGAGGUUGUCAUCUCUCACGGAGAUGACACCAUUCCCUAGGAAGACAUUUGAAAGUGAAGCAGCUGUUCAGCUUCUUCAACAAUCUGAUGAUGCUUUGCAAAAAGAGGCUGCUACACCUUCUCCUUCUUCAGACAAACUGGAUUUCUCCCCAGGUGUGUCAGAGAAAACCCAGCCUCCCACAAUGGCCCCAGAGAAUGGCACUGAAGGUGCAAUCGUGCUACUUCUCACUAAUACCUUGCCGCCUGAGCCCAUGCAGCAAUUCACACCACCCGUUACUGUUGCUAAAGCAGGUACAGUAAAAGAGCUUAUUGUGUCUGCUGGAGAUAACAUACAAGUGAUGCUACCCAAAAAUGAGGUUGAACUGAAUGCCUUUGUUGUCCCACCACCACCUACAGAAACAGCCUACACCUAUGAGUGGAGCUUAAUCAGUCACCCUGCUGACUAUGGUGGUGAAAUGGAGCGCAGGCACAGCCAGACCUUGAAGCUCUCUCAUUUAUCGGUGGGACUUUAUGCCUUCAAAGUGACGGUUUCUGGUGAAAGUGCCUUUGGCGAAGGUUUUGUAAAUGUCACAGUCAAACCAGCAGUCAGAGUUAACCAGCCGCCUGUUGCCAUUGCUUCACCCAAAGUACAAGAAGUUUCUUUGCCUACAACAUCUACCUUCAUUGAUGGCAGUCAAAGUGUUGAUGAUAUGAAGAUAGUGAGUUACCACUGGGAGGAAAUUAAAGGUCCUUUGCGAGAGCAAAAGGCAUCUGCUGACACACCUGUCUUGCACUUGUCUAACCUUGUUCCUGGGAACUACACUUUCAGACUCACAGUGAUUGAUUCAGAUGGAGCAGCCAACUCUACCAUUGCAUCUCUGAGUGUCAACAAACCAGUGGAUUACCCACCUAUUGCCAAUGCAGGACCUAAUCAGGCAGUCACCUUGCCCCAGAACUUCAUCACACUAAAUGGAAACCAGAGCAGUGAUGACCAUGAAAUUGUCAGCUAUGAGUGGUCGCUCAGUCCCAAAAGCAAAGGAAAGGUUGUAGCAAUGCAGGGAGUGCGGACGCCGUACCUCCAGUUAUCUGCAAUGCAGGAAGGAGAUUAUACGUUUCAGCUGACUGUCACAGACUCUGCGAGGCAGCGGUCCACAGCUGAGGUCACACUGAUCGUACAGCCUGAAAAUAAUAGUCCUCCAGUAGCAGUGGCUGGCCCUGACAAGGAAUUGACCUUCCCAGUAGAAAGCACUACACUGGAUGGAAGCAAAAGCCAGGAUGAUCAAGGCAUUGUCUUCUAUCACUGGGAAAAUAUCAGUGGACCAAGCUCUGUACAGAUGGAAAAUGGUGACAAAGCAAUAGCAACUGUGACUGGUCUUCAGGUUGGUACCUAUCGCUUCAGGCUGACCGUGAAGGACCAACAGGGCUUAAGCAGUGCAUCUGUGCUAUCUAUUACUGUGAAGGAAGAAAACAACAGUCCACCCCGGGCGCAUGCUGGUGGGAAACAUAUUCUAGUGCUUCCAAAUAACUCUGUUACCUUGGAUGGCUCAAGGUCUGCUGAUGACCAGGGGAUCGUGUCAUAUUUGUGGAUUCGGGAUGGUCAAAGCCCAGCAGCUGGGGAUGUGAUCCAUGGCUCAGACCAUGAAGCAGUACUGCAGCUAACUAAUCUGGUGGAAGGAACCUAUACUUUUCACUUGAAAGUGACAGAUGCUAAAGGAGACUCAGAUGUUGAUUCAGCAACUGUUGAAGUGCGGCCUGAUCCCAAAAGAAAUGGCCUGGUGGAGCUCAUUCUGCAAGUUGGAGUGGGACAGCUGAGUGAACAGCAGAAGGACACUCUGGUGAGACAACUGGCUGUAUUGCUGAAUGUUUUGGAUUCAGAUAUCAAAGUUCAGAAGAUACAAGCCUACUCAGAUAUAAGCACUGCGGUUGUGUUCUACGUGCAGAACGGGCAUCCUUCCAAGGUGAUCAAGGCAUCAGAUGUCUCACGAACUCUGCAUGUGCAGCUGUUGAAAGAGAAGGCUGACUUCCUGCUUUUUAAAGUCCUGAGGGUUGACACAGCUGCCUGUCUUUUAAAAUGCUCUGGACAUGGACACUGUGACCCCAUAACAAAGCGCUGCAUUUGCUACCAGCUGUGGAUGGAAAACUUGAUUCAUCGUUAUCUAAGUGAUGGAGAGAGUAAUUGUGAGUGGAGUAUACUCUAUGUCACUGUAUCUGUAUUUAUUUUGAUUGUGGUCAUGGUAGGGCUUGCCUGGUUCUGCAUCUGCUGCUGCAAAAGCAGAAAGAGGACAAAGAUAAGAAAGAAAACAAAAUAUACCAUCCUAGAUAACAUAGAUGAGCAGGAGAGAAUGGAGCUACGGCCCAAAUAUGGUAUAAAGCACAGAAGUACAGAACACAACUCCAGCCUGAUGGUCUCUGAAUCAGAGUUUGACAGUGAUCAGGACACUAUCUUCAGCAGAGAAAAGAUUGAAAGAGAGAAUCCUAAAACCCUCAUGAAUGGAUCCAUCAGAAAUGGGGUUUCCUUCAACUACAGCUCCAAAGACAGAUAA